UCGCGGCAGGGGAUCAAAGGUGGCUUGGACUUGCUGAAGUCCUCAGUGAACUUGGGCUUGGAGAUGGGGGACAGCACGGAGCAGGGGCUCUUGCGCACACUGGGGUCUGUGAGCAGCUGCGCUGUGGUGCGCCCAUAGGUGUUCCCCACCUGGUAGCGCAGCUGUGGAUAGAAGCCAGCAUAGCUGCAGAAGAAAGAGGAGGAGGAGGCAGGGCCAGUGAGGUAGGGAAGGGCCCCUGCAAGUGGGGUGUGGGUCCAGCCUGCCGGCCACAGGCAAGGUACCUGAAUCUACCUGCAGAGUGGGGCUCUUGAGGCUUGAAUGGGCAGCACACACCAGGCCCUGAACAAGCCUGGCCCACAGGCGGUGGGCUCCCUUGUCAUCACCACCGUUUGCCCAGCCGUCCUCCAACAAGGGGCUUAGAGAGGAGGGCACGAGGAACCCUGCCCCCUGGAAGCAUUCACAAGGAUGGUGACAGGGUCUAGGCCGGACCAAGGCACAGGGAAGCCCAUUACAUACAAGUUGGUCCCACUGGGAAGGUGUGGUGGGGAUCUGGUCCAGACUUUCACCACCCAGGCAGCCGGUAGCCAACUGUAUGGAACCAGGAUUUGGGAGCUAGGCAGGAGGGCUGCCGGCAGGAGGUGACGGUUGAGCCACGUGGGAAGUGGUGUGGACAUCACAGCAGCAGGCCACGAGGCGUGUGGUGGGUGGUUCAGUGCUGCUGGGGGGCCUGUGUGAUUCCCCCAACGAGCGUGAAUUGUUUUCUUUUAACAAAGUAAAUGCAGGUUUGCUAGUUUAAGAGCUAAGCAAAGCUGAGGCUGAAGGGUCCGAGCCCUCUUCAGUAUCUCCUGUCCCACCCUUUCCCCCAGAACCACUGUGAAAAGGCAGGUCUGGCUCCUUUGCAGCCUCUUCCCUCUCUCCCCUGGAUCUGCGUGUUUGUGUAGGUGUGCACACACAUUCUGCAGAGCGCUCGUGUUUAUUUUUUACAUGGGGGAGGCACCUAGUGAGGCAGCCUGGCGUCCCUGCCCAUCAGUUUACUCUGCAUGCUCCUCUGUCUAAAGCGUAGAGCACUCUAUGGAGUGGGCAUCCCGUGUUGACUUAGCCAGCCUCCACCAGCUGUUGGGCUGUCGCCGUUUUCUGCUCUCGAUAGACAUGCGACGGCCAGAGGGAGGGUAGGCCCGGGCCCUCGGCAGCCCUGACCACUCCAGCUCUUGGGCCUCAUCCCCAUUCCCUGGCCACCAGCUCUGGAGCUCCCCUUGCAGCUGGCCUGAGCCCUUAGGCCCCACCUUGCUCCCCCAUCCUCUACCGACCCCAGCCUCCCUCCAGGGCUCCGACGCUUACCCAGGGACAUAGUGAGGUUCUGGCGUGAAGAGGUUGUAUUUCUGAGCAGCUGUCAUCUUCCUCAACUCCACCUUGCUGGCUCCAGCCCUUUCUGCACCUCUGGCUCCCUUCCCUGAGCAGAGGCCCUGUUGCCUGGCAACCAUUGUGAAGAGGCAGCAUUGUUGGGCAGCACCUGGGCCAGGCCCUGUAACCCUGUGAGUGCACCCAUUUUACAGGUGGAACGUCGAGGCUCAGACAGGCAACAGGCUGGAGAGGUGUCAUGAUGAAGACCUCAGAGCUCAGAGAAUCAGGACUAUCAUGGCAGCCGAGUUGACCCUGCCAAGAAGUAGGGGCAGGUUUGGGCCUGGACUUCUGCUGCCCCCAGGAGGCCAACAACUGCCCACUGAAAAGCAGCCCCCCCUGGGUGAGGCUAAAAGAGCUCCUGCCCCAAGCGCCCUCCUCAGAUGAGAGGCCUGGAAGCUUCAGAGGCAUCAUCCUAAGCCUCAGAGGGAGGCUCCUGAGCCCAAGAGCUGCCAGGACUGUGCUGAAGGGUCCUUCCCCUGGAGCUGGGCACUAUUUUCCACUUUAAACAAAUCAUGAUUUUUAUUUAUUUAUUUUUGUAAAGGAAAGACUUUCUAACCAUAAAAAUGAAGGAAAACAUCAUAAAGGAAAAAAUUAGCAAGUUCAUGUCAGAAAACAGUGUAAAUAAUACUAAAAGGCAGACUACAAAUGGGGAAAAAAGUUUGCAACAAGUGUUAUGAGUAGAUAUGAUAUCAGUAUAAAAAAAUGUACAGACCAAAAAUAUACACCCAGUAGAAAAACGUAUACAUGCUGUGAACAUCUUAAAAACCCAGAGUCAAUAAACACAUGGACAGAAGGCUGAACCACGAUCAGCUAAGUGCUGACAAAAUGCUGGUCAAGUGGUUUCUGGCGCUCGUGGCUGGCAGGGUCACACACGUUAGGUUUGCUCUUGUUUAAGAGACGCCGUCAGGGCCAGCCCCGUGGCUUAGCAGUUAAGUGCGUGCACUCCACUGCUGGCAGCCCGGGUUUGGAUCCCGGGUGCGCACCGACGCACUGCUUCUCCAGCCAUGCUGAGGCCGUGUCCCACAUACAGCAACUAGAAGGAUGUGCAGCUAUGACAUACAACUAUCUACUGGGGCUUUGGGGGGAAAAAAUAAAUAACUAAAAUUAUAAAAAAAAAUUAAAACAAAAAUAAAAAAUAAAAAAAAGAGACGCCAUCAGGAAAGCAAGUUGUGAGUACAGAUCAAAUUCACACAAGACCUUACAUACCUUGACCCACUGCCUCCACUUGUAGGAACCUAUCCUGAGGAAAUGAGCGACAUUUAGCUGAGACACAAAUACAAGACAUGCAGCAUUUGUCCAAGGAGAAAUCGGAGCUAAGCCAAAUGUCCGACGGGAGGGCCUUGUAAACAAAGCCACCUCUGCGGCCGCUGUCAGCUGUGCCCUCAGAGAAGACAGCAGUGUGGGAAGGGCCCUGGAGCACAGGCUGUGAGCCCCUUGCUCUAAUAAAACGUGUUUCCUCAAGCAACUCUCUGUCCAUCCGUCCACCCGGACAUCCAUCUGGAGCACCUCGCAAGGUCAGUGCUGGAUGGAAGGGAUGCUGAGAGGAAUGGACUCUGUCAGGCAGGGGAAGGCCCGGAGGAUGAGAUGUUCUUCACCAGGCCCUGCCUGGGUGGAUCAGGCCAAGGCCAGGGCUGGGGCUGCAGGCUGGUCAGCUCUGGAGAGCCCUGCAAGGGCACUGGUGCCCAGACAGGCUCUCCCCCCCUCAGGCUCAUUCUUCCUUUGCAUUUCACCUGGACAGCCCAGUCUGUCUGUGACACCUUCUGACCUCUGUGCCCCUAAGCAGAAGACAGGCCCCCACGCCUCAGCCCUGCCUGGGCCACCAGGUGGCUCCAGGGCCAGGCCUGCCUCUGGGGUCAUGGUCCAGACCCAUUCACCAUUGCUUUGCUCUUCCUGGGAACCCUCCACCCUACCCCCACGUGUCCUUCCAGCUGGCCUUGCACAGCUGGACAUCCCAUAGCACCUGUUCGCCUCUCCACCUUCUGCCGGGACCUCAGCCCUCUCAGAAGCCCUGCUAGGCCCUGCUAGCCCUCUAGGGUACCCCAAAGUCCAGCAGAAGGGAAGGAUUGGGACAAGGAAGAGGGGAAGAGAGGAAAAGAGGCCAAGCCAGGAAUCAUUGGGACAGGUUAAGGGGCCUCCUGGCCAAGGCUGACCCCAGGGUGACCCACCCGGCAGGUCAGGGGAGGGGGCCCUCUGGGGUCCCACUGCAGCAGCCCCUCCAGUGCUGGACAAUGCUCCUUCACCAGGCAGUCCCUGGCAACAGGGGGGGCCCAUAACCAGUCAGUGAGGUCACAGAGCCCUGUGGUGUCCCCAGGGAAGGGAACUAGGGAUCCCGACAAUGAAUUUUGACCAGAAGGCUGUGAAAUUCCUGGCAAACUUUUACAUCAAUGGAGGCAAACACUGGACCCGUGGCCCCCUGAGGCAGAAGCUGCUUGUGCCCACCCAACCCAAGGCCACUGUGCUAUUGUUGGGCCCAGAGCCAGGGGCCACCUGGGAUGAGACAUGGCCCCCAGGGGCGCAGGAAUUCCCAGCUGGCCUCAGGAUGCAAAUGGAGCCCCUCCAGGAGCCCCCACCUACCUGGACCCAGAACCUGCAGGAGCUGUUGCUGGAGCGACGCCCGCCCAUCAUGACCGACCUGGACAUCCCCGGCCCCACCAAGUACCAGGUGCCAGAUGCUUCAGUGCGAGAAUCCUCCCCACAUCCCCACUUCAGCAUUGGCCGCAAGCACCCCACCCUCAAGGGUGGUGGCCGCAGGGCGUGGCAGACCCUGUGGUUCCAGAGUGAAAGCCCCUUCACCCAGAAAGCCGACUUUAAGAGAGAGCAAAAGUGGCCAUCACCUGCCCACUACCAGCCGCUCAGCCGGUCCGCCUUCGCGGCCUUCAGUUUCGGGGGCCACCGCCCCACUUCCAAGAUACCUGAGGCCUGUGUCCAGCCGGGGCUGCCGCAGGCUGGGGGUGCAGGUCACCGUGCCCAGCCCCUGCUUCAGGCCCCUCUGAAGGCCCUGCGGGGUGAGAAGCGCCCCAGCCCCAACACCUAUGAUAUCCUCCCUGGGCGCCAUCUGCAGAGCCCGCGCCCGCCCACCUGCACCAUGAGCCACUCGCCUGCGUUUGCCUCCUGGAUCAGCUCCUCCUGCACCCCCGGCCCAGCCACCUACUACGUGGAGGAUUGCUAUAACUCGCGCUUCCCCUCAGCGCCCAGAGUGGUCAUCCAGGGCGUGCGGAGACCCAAGCGCCAUGACACUGGCCCCUUCUGCACACUCUAGAGCCUGCUGGGCACAGCUGGCCCACCCGGUUAUCGCGUGGAACCCUAGCUUCCCCAGGGGCCUUUCCAGGCCUCUCUCUGAAACUCAGCACCCCUCAGCCUGGCCUUCUCACCCUCUGGGCAUCCCGAUCCACCAUGCUGGCUGGCCAACCCUUCUGUGAGCUGUGGAUGAGGACAGCCCAGCCCGAAGCCCCCAUCUGCCCACCCCUUGCUCUACAGAGAUGCUGUUGGUUCUUCCAAACUCUGUCAUGUGCUUGGCUGCCGUCCCCCACCCAUGAGCUGUCCUGCAGGUGUGGCCUGCUGCUGACCUGUCAUCUCUGGUCCGCCCUGGCCAGGGGUUUCCCUUCGAUUCCCCUUCAGUGCUCUCUUCUUUAGGGUGGGUGGGGUGGCAGCCGGGGACUUCCUGGCCCAGGACAGGAUGGGAAGGGGCCCAGUGGGCACUGCAGGACACCCCCACCUAACCGUGCCACCCAGGGGACCAGUCCAGCGGCCAGUCUACCCAAUGGUCAGGUUGCUUGCUGAGCAGAGGGACUGACUGUUGGGGUGGAGGUGUGGGCCAGACUCCCUGAGCUGUCAUCUUGAGAUGAGGGCAGCGUGCCCAGCCACCAGGAAGCACCCAGAGGACCAGCUUGUCCAGGCCUGGCCUGCUUCCCCAGCCCCUGCCCAAAGACCCUUUGACUCGCCCAGGACCGUUAAGGCCAGGCUACACCUAAUAGACUCCCUUGGCCUUCACCUGUUGGGGGCCUGCCCCUGCCCGUGGCAGUUGCCUGGCCAUUGGACCCCUCCUUACCAUCAGCCUGCCCUCCUACCCUGGGGUCGGCACCAAGACUGCCUCCUUGAGGGGCCUCAGCUCAGCUGGUGGUGGCUCCUGUCACUGCACCAGUCCCUCCAGUGGUCCUCCCUGUGCCUCCCAGGUCUGGCCAGCGCCGCCGCCCUGCCCCGUCUCCUCUGCCAGAGCUCACCCCAUGGCAUCAGCUUCCUCUUCUGAAGGGAGGCCGAGGCCCAGGGAAUCAGUGCCAUGCACCUGUGACCUCCUCUAGGGCUGAAUCUGCUGGGGGCUGAGCCCCACUGCCCCUGCAGAAUCAGAGCAGUCAGACUGCAGAUGGUCGUUACUAGGCCCUGGGCUGACCAGCUUGGCCAGUGGGCAGUAGAGACAGAGCUGUGAGUGUCCUGGCCUUGGGAGCUUGGCCCAGGGUGGGGAGACCAGGACCCCUGCUCACAGCUGCACUAUCAGCAACCCCUCGGGCUCAAAGCCAGGAGUGGGACCAGCAGGAAGGAUGGAGCAAUCUCCCCCAGCUGGGCUGAGGUCUUCUGGAGGAGGCAGUGGAGGAAUGGGCUUUCAAGGAUGAGCAAGAGUUUGCCAAGCAGCAGGAAGAGAAUUUCUAGCAGAGCAAACUUCAUAGGCCAAAAGGGAGAGGGUAUGACCUCUGGUAUGGCCUCGCUUUGGAGGACCCUGGGCUGGUGGGAGGGAAGGAGGUGAGCUG